GUCGUCGAGCUUCGGAAUUCACGGCCCGCGGCAGCACAAUCUGCACAAUCUGUACGAUCAGCUUGAGAAAAAUUCGUCGUACCGCGUAAACAUUUUGUCAACCUUCACCCGGAACGAAUUUCCGAAUCUACCGUCUAUCGUUUGUACCUCGCAAUCCAGUUUGGAAAUUUAGUACAGCUGCAAGUAAGUCGAGAGCUCGAAUACUGAUGGAAUGGAAUCCCGUAGUCAUAAGAGAGAAUGUCUGGCCGGGACGGAGGUAAGAAGAAGCCCUUGAAGGCACCGAAGAAGGAAUCCAAGGUUUUAGAUGAAGAGGACGUAGCGUUUAAGCAAAAACAAAAGGAAGCGCAGAAAGCGCUGGCUGAAGCAGCAAAGAAAGCCAGUCAGAAGGGUCCUCUGGUCACUGGUGGUAUAAAAAAAUCUGGGAAAAAAUGAUUGUAAUAACGAAUGAGAUACGUGAUCUGUGCCCACAAAUGUUCCGAUUGUAACUAUGAUUUUGGACUUGAUCCGUCGUUACACCAGACUGCAAUUUUUUUUUUCGACAAUCCUUUAUUUCGAGAGAUGCUUAAAACUUGUAAAUAUUAUGUAUAUGUUUUCCAUUAAAUUUUUAAAGCAUUAA